CUACACGAUAGAUUCUUUUCCGUUUCACACGCGCGCUUUCUUCUCCGUAGUGUGCUUCAACUUCAAUUCAAUGCUGUUAUAAUUAUAACUGUUGCUACUAUAACAAAAAAAAGAACAUAUAUACGAAUGGCAUGCUGCUAUAAGUACAACUAUUUCUUUCUUCACUCGCAUUUCUUGUGGAGAAGAGUUCCAUUCCCUCUCCGUCGCGUUCACGGAACCGCCACCGCCGGGAACUACUCUCGUAAUUUUCUAACACCGAAGUUUCUUCUUUCUUCACGCUCACAGGUCUCGAAGGUGACGCACUUACAAGGCUAUUGUACUGCAACGUUAGAUUCGCAUGGAGAUGGAGUUGUUUCUGCAACUUCUCCGAACACUGCAACGUUGGUUUCAGAAAUUAGUUACGGAGCUGCUGAAGCUGUGCAGCUUGGUUCUUUUAGUAAUGCGGAAGCAGCGGCGAAUUCCGAUUCUUUCAAUGGCAGAGUCAUGCUUAUUGAUGGCACAGCGGUAAUUCAUAGGGCAUACUACAAGCUUUUAGCAAAAUUGCACCAUGGUCAUCUAACGCAUGCUGAUGGAAAUGGAGAUUGGGUUUUAACGAUAUUUACGGCACUAUCAUUUAUAAUUGAUGUUCUGGAGUUUAUUCCUUCCCAUGUGGUGGUAGUGUUUGACCAUGAUGGAAUUCCUUUUCGUCAUACUUGUAAUUCGUCAAAAGAAAGUUAUACUGCUAAAGGCCAGAAUUUUAGGCACAACCUAUACCCUUCAUACAAGAGCAAUCGUCCUCCUACUCCUGAUACCAUUGUUCAGGGACUUCAAUAUCUCAAAGCUUCCAUCAAGGCCAUGUCCAUAAAAGUUAUUGAGGUUCCAGGUGUAGAAGCAGAUGAUGUGAUUGGAACAUUAGCCUUAAGGAGCGUUGAUGCUGGGUACAAGGUACGAGUUGUCUCCCCAGACAAAGACUUUUUUCAGAUUCUAUCUCCUUCAUUGCGUCUCCUAAGAGUUGCUCCACGCGGUGAUCAGGUGGUUUCAUUUGGAGUUGAGGAUUUUGCAAAGCGAUAUGGAGGUCUGAAACCAUCCCAGUUUGUGGAUAUGGUUGCACUUUCUGGUGACAGAUCUGAUAAUAUUCCAGGAGUUAAUGGAAUUGGAGAUGUUUAUGCUGUGCAAUUAAUCAGUAAAUUUGGCACAUUGGAGAGGUUGUUGGAAUCUGUUGAUCAAAUCAAAGAGGGUCGCAUUAGAAAGGCCUUAAUGGAAAAUGCUGAGCAGGCUAUAUUAAGCAAGGAACUGGCAUUGUUGCGUUCUGAUCUCCCAUCCUACAUGGUUCCAUUUUCUGUAAAAGAUCUCUCAUUUAAUAAACCAGAGGACGAUGGCAGCAAAUUCAACAGCCUUUUAACAGCUAUCAGUGCUUACGCAGAAGGGUUUUCAGCUGAUCCUAUCAUCAGAAGAGCACUUCAUUUGUGGAAAAAGUUGGAUUCAAGGUGAAGUUCAUUGAGUGAUAAGGUUUCCUUUGUACAGAGAAGAUACUCAGUGGAGCAUGUCAAUACUGGAACCACAGUACAGCAUGAGGGGAUUUGAGUGUAUAUAGCGUAGAGAGCAUGAGUUUUUCUUGUGCAGAUAUCGAUGCAUUCCAGUGAUUGUUCUGCGAUUAAAACAAUUUUGUGAUUAUCUAAGCCAAAUUUAAUUCAUGGUUCUUUGUAGUUUGUUAA